AUGCCACAUGCCGGACGGAUUUUGGCGGUGCUUGCUGCUGCUCAGCAGGGCGGCGGGUGGUGGCUAAGGGCUGCAAACAGCACCAACACUACAACCGCUGAGCCAGGAGGUCGUGAUGACUCCAGAUGGGCUCAGCUUCGCGCAUGGGCUGAGGAAGCGGUGCCCUCCAGCGAGGCUUGGUUGGCAUGGGCGUCCUGGCCCGACUCGUCAGGCACACCGGAGCGAGCUUGGUCCUGGGACAGCGGCCUUUGCAUGGCGCUGGACACGGCAGUGAGCUUUGUGGGAUGGGUGCUUUUCGGGAAUUCGUGGCCGGGCGUGAAGAACGGGUGCCAGCGUGCCUUCCGCAUCUUCGCUCUGCUGGCUUUAUGUAUGGGGGCCCAUUACUUGUGGGCUCUUUGCUGGCCUGUGGUGUCCCUCCUCUCAGUGGUCGUGAUAGGGGUGAUCUGGCUUGUGCGGAUGAUCGUGAGGAAGUUGGGCACCCUAAUCUACUGGGCCCAGCGUGCGGCCGGCGGCGUCCCCGAGGCCUCCGAUGCUGAGUUCUUAGGUCCUGGCACGGGCCGGAUCCCCGAGACCGCGGACCUCCGCUCCUUCAAGAAGGUGGGCGCCGCAGAGAAGUGGAUUCUUGUGAAAAGGGAGGGCCAUGUGGCUGUCUUUCGAGCAGGGACCGAAUCACAGACGAUCCGAUCUCCGGGUCUCUACGUGCCGGUGGAAGCCGACUCCAUGCGGGGUGACAAGGAGAUUGUAGACGCUUGCAAGGGCUACGACAAGGUGCACCUGUGUCGGCACUUGGUGUGUCAUGAGGAGGGCCAGCACUUCAAGGAGUACGGACUGGCCAGGGACUUCGACGGUGAGCGCUUUCACCUUCGGAACGCCGAGCUUGGCGCGGAGAAGGCGGGCCGGACUCUGUGGAAGUGGCUUUGGUCCCCUUCUGCAAAGCCCGUGAGGGUCAUGAAGGAGUUCGGGUCGGAGUCGGAGACAGAGCCAACUCGGAGCUGCGGGGCCCAUUGUGUGGCCUGGGUGGACAAGGACGGCGACUGCAACUUGGCAAGCCAACCCUGCAAGGCGACCGGGACUACGGCGUGCGACCUGCUCUUCGAGGACAAGCUGGACGAGCGUGGCGCCGUGGACCUGUGCCCGCAGCACGCCUUAGACUACGAACGUCGCCGCAGGACUCAGAAGUGCUACCAAGGCGGAUGCAACCGUGUCGGCUUCGUGGAAGACGGAGGCGACGGAGUUCGUCGUUGCCGCCAUCACGCCGCACCGGGCCCUCGGCGUUCGAGUUCAAGGAGGAGAUCGCCAGCAAGGCCGGCGGUCGCCCUUUGUGAACAAGACGAUCCGGAAGAACCCGAACUCCCACCUCGUGGCAGGGGCGAUCUUCCAGAUGCACGUGAUCUUAAGCGGCUGCUGGCAGAGGUGAAAUCCGAGACCUUCGAGGAGCCACCGAAGCGAAGCCGGGAGCGAUCCCCGGGCUGUACCCCGCGGUCAAGCAUCCACAAGAACCUCGCAAAGCUGGGCCUGCUGGACUCACCGGCGCGCGACCACCCUGUUCCUUUGUUGGAGGAGUUCUUCAACCAGUACGCGGAGGGCCGUGAGAUUGGUCUGACGGAGGAAGAGGUCAGGAAUGCUUUGGCGGCCGAACGUGGGAUGUCGAUGAAGGAGAUCACUCAGGCCCUGGUCAGCCAAGCGGUUGCUGAGCAGGAGAAGGGGCAAAAGGGGCUCACCAAGUUUGUCAGGGCCUGGCAGAGGCCAUCCACUAGGUUGUCCUCUCCUUCGAGUACGGCCCGCAACAGUUCGGCACCUUCCUGGGAGGUGGUGGAGACGUCACCGGAGAAACCGGGACCUUCGGCAACCUCUGAGAAGACGACCCCGACGGCACCACUGCGGAUCGGCAAGCCGGGCAUCUACAGCGUGGGCGAUCGCAAAGCCGAGGCGGGCGACCCGGGACCUGCACCGUUCGAGGAGAUUGCCAGGGCCAUCCAGUCGCAGACGGCGGAGAUCGCAUCUUUGGUGAAGUCACACACGGAGAACACGGCGGUGCCCCCUGGAACAAUCAAAGGGUUGAACCGGACUUCCGAGGAGCUGGUCUUCUUGCUCCGCGCGUGCAACCAGUACCAGGUGACGGUUGGAGCAGGAGAACAAGGACAGGCCCUCGCGAACGCAUUGCUCUCGGCGCAGGUCGGGGCUUCUACAAAGUUGCGCAAGGCGGGCUUCAAGCAGAAGGUCACGAAUAGGCUGGCCAUAGGACUUGCGGGGCCGUACUGGGGUACUCAAGAGAAGCACGCACUCAACGCAGCCGACUUC